CUACAGCCAAAAAAACUUGCAGCGUUGCAGUCCGGAUUCCGUAGUCGGUGGUGGAGCGCAGCAUGUUGCUCUCUGCUUUGAUGUGUUAGGCCUACCUAUUUAACCAGUGGACUUUCAUUGCCUACCGUACUGUAUUUGUAUCUGAAUAGCUUAUCAAUUACAAUGAGUUACGAAGAGGAAGUUCUAAGAAUCGGAAGGAAGCUGGAUAACAUGGUUUCGAAAAAUACGACGGAACAAGCAGUUGAUGUGUUGAAGGCAUUGAAACAAAUCCCUAUGACACUGGAUACCUUGCAAAAAACAAGAAUUGGAAUGUCAGUAAAUAAUGUACGAAAGCAAACAUCAAGUGAAGAGGUUUCUUCGGCAGCAAAACAAUUAAUAAAAGGAUGGAAAAAACUUGUUCCAGAGCCGCCACUUAAAAAGUCUGAAUCAAGUAAGAGUUUGAAAAAUGAAUCGAAAAAAGAAACAAAACGAGAUGAAAGUUCUUCGGGACAAGGGGUCAAAGAAUCGGCAACAGCAAAAGUAAGUUCAAAUGGAAUGGAAGUACACCAAUCAUUAGCAUCCACAAAUAACCCAGUUCGUGAUAAAUGCAGAGAAAUGUUGAUUCGUGGCCUGGAAACUCCUUCAAGUUCAGAAUCUGAAAAAUCUCGAUUUCGGUUCCUAGCAGCCAUGAUUGAAGAAGCUAUAUUUAAGGAAUUUUGUGACACAGGCGUGAAAUAUAAAAAUCGAGUGAGAAGUCGAUACAGCAACUUGAAAGACACUCGUAAUCCACAGCUUCGAGAAAAUGUAUUAUCUGGAGCAAUAUCACCCGAAAAGCUUGCAAAAAUGACACCAGACGAAAUGGCAAGUUCAGAAAUGAAAUCUCUGAGAGAGAAAUUUGAAGAAGAAAACAUCAAAGAUCAUCAAAUGGCUGUACAAGAAGGAACGAAAACAGACAUGUUUGUUUGCGGAAGGUGUAAAGGGAGAGCAUGUACAUAUAAUCAGCUUCAAACGAGGAGUGCAGAUGAACCUAUGACAACAUUUGUGUUUUGCAUGGAGUGUGGAAAUAGAUGGAAAUUUUGUUGAACAUGGAAAACAGCUGUUCCAAUUAGCUAGGCUUGAAGCUAGAAGCUACAUCAAACUUGUUUGAACUAGAUUACUGCUGUGCUAUCCAGUUGGAUAACCAUCAAAUUCCAUGGAUUAACUUCAUCAUUAUCAUCACAGGGAAGAAUACCAGGAAGUAAAUAAUGAAAUGAAAAGGGAUAUGAGAAGCUGGUUUAGAAUUUGAUUCAUAAACUAAUUUCAAUUUUGUGUCUACGGAAGGGCAGGUAUCCUUCUUCUUGCUUAGUUGUAUAUAUAUUUCUAUAUCUGGAGUGGGUCAAGACUCAAAGAGUUCAUUUAAUCUUGACAUAAUUCCAAGUGUUGAUGUUCCAUGGCAUAAUAUUUUAAUUGAUUGUUAAAGUGAUAUGAAUUCUUUAUAGCAAAGUACUGUGUUCCAACAUUUUCAGAAAUAUUCAUUGAAUAUAUUUCUGUGGAUUUUAGUUCCUGCAUUAAUUGAGAUUUUGGUGGGAAUAUGCUUGGGAUGCAUAUAGGUAGAAAUUAUCAACUUCAUGAGUUUGGUUUAAUGGCUCUAUUUAGUCAUGAUUUGAUUGUCAUCGUGUAACGUUAAUGGUGAUGUAAAGUUCCAACUACUACUUGUAAUAUAUUAAUGCCUGGCAUAUGUGAUUCCUUUUUAUUCUUGCUUCUUGAUGAUAUUAUAAUUUAAAAAAUAGUUGUUAGUGAUGGAUAUUGCCAGGUUUGGAUACAUCGGUAUAACACAAUUUUAUUUUGAAUUGAAAUAUUAUUUAGUACAAGAAUUCAGUUAUGCCAUUACCUAAUAUUUUGAAACUGCCAUAUUUGUGUGAGUUGCACCAUGAUAUAAGUAGAUACUAAGUAUUUUGUCUAAUUGUAUUAUGAUAAUGUAAUACACCAUACAGGUUUUCUAACUAGCUUCCAAGCAAAUUGUUUUUCUUCUGACAUCCUGAUUGUAAUUGCAUUUGAGUUUCGUUCCAGUUGUCCAUAUUGUGUUCUAAAAUCUACUGCUUUUAAAUCUAAAGCUAUUCUGUAGGAAAGACCACACUUGACACUUCAUGGAGUUAAGUGGCAACAAUUUCAAUUAAUUAAUACUAUGUGAAAAAAUUGCUUUCAAGAAAUAAGAAUCAAAAUUGUUGAUUUUCUUGUAAAAUACGUCUUUUUUGUAACAUCGCAAAAUUUAAAGCAAUUAUCAUAUUUGAUUUUGUAAAAAAAAAAUUGUAGAACAUUUAAAUAAUGGUUUUGGUUCAGAUAGUAAUACACUCAAUCAUAAUUUAAUUAUAAAGGCAUAAUCGUCACUGAUAUGUUACUACUGGGCUGAUUUCACCCAGUAUUCAAUGCAAAAUUCUAUUUAAAUGCAUGUUUGGGGUUUUCAGUGCAGUCCUAUGGUUUUCAUACACAUAGACUUCACCAUCUUUCAGAUAGUAACAAAAACGAGCCUAAAUUGAAAUGUAUUAUAUUAAAUAGCUCAAAUCGUUUUAUAGUGCAGAAGAAUAAAAAAAUCUUUUAGUAAGAAAAAUUGGAAUCUUAGCUUAAAAAAGGUUGGGAACCGCUGUAUUGGCUGGCGAUUAUCACCAGAAGUAUGUAUAAUGUAGAAAAACCCUAGUUCGGUUAGUUAUCUCGAAAAUAAAAUCAUCAUUUUUCAUUGCUGGGUUGUGUAAUGAUCGUCCCAAAUCAAAUAUUGGGGUUUAAAUCUCGGAAAAAAAUAGGUUUUCUACCGCCUAUAUUUUGGCCUAUUGUAGGAAGCUUUCAGUGAUGUGAAUUUUAGCCUGUAGACUUCAGUUGUAUUCAUCUGAAAAUGUAGGUUGUGUUGGGGAUAUUCAACAAUCGUAUUUUGGAAUGAUCUCUUCUGAGUGUAAUCUAUAGAUUUGCGAAAGCCCUUCACGUUCUUGUUCAACUUUAGUAUUCUAGCAUAAUGGGAACUGCGCCCUCUCAUGCAUAUUGCGGUGUGAUUUGAGAAUUGAUGCGAAAAUAUGUAACUGUCGCGUCGUUUGUAAUGCGAUGCAGAUAAUGUUCACAGUUCCUCGAUAUAGUGAGUUAUGUCAUGGCUAUACCUAGAAAUAGUUAAGGCAUGAUACUGGGGCAUUUCAGUCAUUUUUGUUAUGUUGAGUUUUUUGUAAAUCCAGUACUAUUGUCGGAUAUUUAGCUCUUGUGUUUGUUUUUGGGAAAUAAACUUGCUUAUGAAA